AGUGUCAAAGUCAAAAACACAAACAAGUCGAGCGAAAAAUACAUAAUUAAUACGAAAACUAAUUAAAAACUACAAAACAACAACAAUUAUAAUGCAUAUUGGCUAACUGUUGCAAUUUCAACAAUUAACAUGGAGAGCCUACCGGUAGAAGUCAUCGAAGAAAUAUUAAUAAACGAAAAAGUUUCCAUACAAGAUGUGGUUCAUUUUUCCUUGACUUGCACUCAUUUUUAUCAAGUCGUUACGAAUAGUAACAAGAUUUGGAAGACCAAAUUUCAUCAAAAGUGGCCACAACUAAAAACUCUGCUGGAAAAUAAACAGAUUAUUUUUCAACAUGAAGUCCGAUAUAUUUACGAAUUGAAGAAGAGAACCCGGAAUUUACUCGAGAAAAUGCCCGCCAAAUUCUAUAAGAGAUACGAAAUAUCAGAUUCGGACUUGUACGAAUGGAACAACAUAUUACACGAAAGAGAAGAAGUUUACAACUACCUUGUUUUGGAUUUGAUGGAAAUCGUAAAUGCUGACGUACCGAUUAACAGUAUAGAAGUUGUUCCGUUAACUACUCCUGGAAAUAAAACAUUCCAAUACUACGCCGGAAAGGUCCUUAGAUAUAUAAGACAACAGCACUUAUCUAAAGUUUGGAAAGAAUACAUAUCAUUACCGGAGAACCAGCAAAUUCUUGAAGUCGGAGCUGUUUUCGUGGCUCAAUGGUGUCAGCCUAACGUCGAAGUAACAGUCGAGGAUAUCGGCAAAAAACUGGAUGAUAUUGCUGAAAAAGUUAAAGAAACUCUAAAGGAUUACUUUCCAGACCAUCCGCUUUUUAAGGCUACUGAAAAACAAUUAAAUUUAUGGCGCUCGGUCAAUCGCAGCCAACACGCAUGGAGAGUAGUCGAAUGCCGCCAACUCAUAACAGUACUGAGAAUCGUACUGUUCGAAGACAUGAAAUUCUGCGGAAACAAUCACGCCUACUACAUGCCGCAGAAUUCCUUUAUUAACGAAGUCCUGGAGAAGAGACAAGGCUUGCCCAUAACGUUGGCGAUAGUUUUCGAAGGAGUCGCCAGACGUUUGGGCUUGAGAUGCGAGCCUAUCAGUUUCCCCGCUCAUUUUCUCCUAAGGUUUUGCGAGAGUUUAGACCCCGAAUCGGAUUGGUAUUACAUCGAUGUCUUUAACGGCGGGCAAAUAGUUAGAAAGGGAGCCUGUCCUCACAGUAGAUUUUCCGGUUCGAGAGAUUUGUUCCCAGUAGCUACAGCUGUGCAGGUAAUCGAACGCAUGGCAAACAACUUGGAAGUAUCGGCUAGACAACAUAAUCAUCCCAACUGUAAAAUAACAAGGCUCAGAUCCAGUUUGGAAUUGUUAAAGUUAGUUAACCCGCGAGAUAUAUCAGCGUUGGUGAGUUUGGCGAGAUUGUACAUGCUGCACAACAUGGACACCAAACCGCUCGAAAAUUUCCUACUUUCGCAAGAAUUCGAAGUACCCGAACAAGCCCAAAGAGUGGUUCACAUGCUUCGCGACUACGAGGCCCAUCACGCGCGCAACGAUCUCGGUUUGUUCAGUCAAGUGGAAGCGGCGCCGCGCAGCCCGAAUUUGUACUACGCCGUUGGAAUGGUGAUGAAACACCUGAUACUGAACUACAAGUGCGUGAUAUACGAUUGGGAUCCCAUUUGCCUGGCGGCGGCCGAAUGGCAGGCGCAGAACAACAUCGAGAAGCUCCAGCUCAAGCACGAGCAACCUUUCUACAACGUCCUGGUGGAGGACGGGUCUCAUCGAUACGUGGCUCAAGAGAAUUUGACGCCGACUUCGGAUAGGGAAGACAUCUAUUUGAACGAGGACGUGGGCAGGCAUUUUUCGCAUUACUUCGAAACUCAUUACGUUCCCAAUGCCGAGAAGGAGAAGGAGUAUCCGGCCGAUAAGAAGAUACGCCAUUGGUUCCACCAUCAAAGGAAACUCGAAAGUAUUAACUUGUAAUCGAUGCAUGGCGGGUUGUUUUUAUUGUUGAUUAUUUAUAAAGAUGAGUUUUUUUUAUUUUAACAGUCGAUACAGAUCUGUUUAGUGGAGGAGAGGCGGGUUAGUGGAUUGUUUUUAAAUCGAUGUCUUGUAUCUUUCGGGUUAUAAUUUAUUUUUGUCUUGGCAGUUUUUAUUUACUUGUUUUAAUAUGUUUAUUUUAUUGUAUAGAUUAGUUACAUGCAAAAGAUGUUUAGCUUGAGAAUUUUCCUAUAAAAUGAACCUGCUUAACAAUGAACUAUAAUUUUACUCGAUUUAUUUUGCGACAUAUUUCUUUCCAGUCAUAAUUGUUAUAUUUCUUAAGCUUCUCGAUAUUAUUACGCACUGCUAUUAUUAUUUCAAUAUUCCGGCAAUACUUUUAAGUUUAUUACCAUACAAUGCAGUUACUACAUUGUCUUGAUGUUAAAGAUAAGAUCAAUGUUAGGUAUUCUACAUGUUUCCCUUUAUUCGGAGUUGACAUUUACAGCCAGUAAUAUUAACGAAGUGUUGAAAUAAUAUAACUGACUGCUUCUUUGAUAUUGUCGAAUUAGUGAUAGAGUUUUGAUAAUUAAUUUCAACAUUAAUGUAAUUUGUAAUGGAUCCAAAAGGGGAAGUGCAUUUCCAUAAACACCGAGUGGUAAUGGUAAAAUAUUGGGAAGUUAAUACAAAGAGAACUGGAUUUUUGAGUAACGUGAAGAAUAUUUUUAUCUAGAAAUAUCUAUCUUUUAAAGUUUGUUUCAAUUAAUAUUCUGUAUUAGUACAUUCAAGAAAAAACCGUUUUUUCCUACUUUAUAGGGAACUUUGAAUCUCUGUUGGACGUCACGUGUAAUAAUUAAUAAAAUAUCUCACCCUCUGUGUGCUCAAUGUAGCUUACUUAAAUGACUGGAAGGUGUUAAAAUUGAAUUAAGCCGGCCGGUUUAUUUCGGUUAGCUUGGGUUUUCAAUAAACUUUAAUUUACUCUAAUUGUGGCAGUAAUUAUUUACGUUUUCAUUAUUGUAAAUGUAUAAAAUAAAUGUGAUGAAUGAA